AUGAAGACAUUCGUCCACGCAAAAGCUACCCAUACCCACAGCUGCAUCAUCCACGCCAAAGCUACCAAUACCCACAUCUGCAUCAUCCACGCAAAAACUACCAAUACCCACAGCUGCGUGGUCCACGCAAAAGCUACCCAUACCCACAGCUGCAUGGUCCACGCAAAAACUACCAAUACCCACAUCUGCAUCAUCCACGCAAAAACUACCAAUACCCACAGCUGCGUGGUCCACGCAAAAGCUACCAAUACCCACAUCUGCAUCAUCCACGCAAAAACUACCAAUACCCACAGCUGCAUGGUCCACGCAAAAGUCACCAAUGCCCACAGCUGCAUCAUCCACGCAAAAGUCACCAAUACCCACAUCUGCAUCAUUCACGCAAAAGUCACCAAUACCCACAUCUGCAUCAUCCACGCAAAAACUACCAAUACCCACAGCUGCAUCAUCCACGCAAAAGUCACCAAUACCCACAGCUGCAUCAUCCACGCAAAAGUCACCAAUACCCACAUCUGCAUCAUCCACACAAAAGUCACCAAUACCCACAUCUGCAUCAUCCACACAAAAGUCACCAAUACCCACAUCUGCAUCGUCCAGGCAAAAGCUACCCAUACCCACAGCUGCAUGGUCCACCAUAACCACAAUGGGGGCAACAACCCACGCGUCCAUCAACGGACACACAAAACGUGGUCUUUCUGCACAGUGCAGUGCAGCUCAGCCACGGGGAAGGAGGCUCCCCACUAG